CCAUGUGUAUAAUGGAACUGGAAGCAAGUGAACCACCGCACAGCUUCCUCUACAUGGAUGAAGCUGGCUUCAACCUAACAAAACGUAGAAGGCGUGGUCGAAAUAUCAUCGGCCACAGAGCUACAGUUGAUGUGCCAGGCCAACGGGGCGGAAUCAUAACCAUGGGUUGUGCAAUCUCUGAGAAUGGUGUGCUAACGCAUAUUCCCAUUAUUGGGCCAUACAAUACAGAGCGUCUUGUCACCUUUUUAGACACUCUCUACAGGGAUCUCAUCCCUGAACAAGAGAGGGGUCAGAUUGGAGAUGACCUGCCAAAGUAUGUGAUCGUUUGGGACAAUGUCAGUUUCCAUCGUUCCAACAUCAUCGGGCAAUGGUUUGCUGCCCAUGACAGGAUGCUGAUGGAGUUCCUCCCACCCUACUCUCCAUUCCUUAACCCCAUUGAGGAAUUUUUCUCAGCAUGGAGAUGGAAAGUAUACGAUCGUCAGCCACAUACACAAAUGACCCUUCUGGCUGCCAUGGAUGCUGCAUGUGACGACAUCACAGCAGAUGCCUGCAGAGGCUGGAUAAGACACUCAAAAAGAUUCUUUCCACGCUGCAUUGCAAGAGAAGAUGUUCGUUGUGAUGUGGAUGAGAAUUUGUGGCCUAACAGACAGGAUCGUCAAGAGGUGUAGGAAGAUUGUAAUUCCUUAAUGUAAUUUCUACAGCACCGCAUGUACAGUUUUUCCUAUGUUCACAUGUCUUCUUUAGGUUUUUUUUUGUGUGCUAUUCAGUGCUGUCUUUUCAUUUCUGUAUCUCAAUGACAUGUUCUGUCAAUAAAAUACAGUACAAACAGUAAGAGUGUAAAUUUGAAUAUUUUCCAUUCUCUUGCAAUUACACUCACACAUACACUGAGAUGUAACUUACAAUUGACAAUAAUUGUCAUCAAAACUUUAGCCAUAGUUUCCAUCAGAACAUCCCUCCAGAGUAAACUGUUAUAUUGACAACAUGACUAAACAAUUUGACUGUCUUAUCCGUACACAAUGACACAAGGACUUGUCAUUCUGAUGGCACUGACAUGUUCAUUGACACAGAUAUUUACUUUUGAGAGAUGAACUAAGGAUUUUGAGUAAGAGAUUGGCUUUUGCAGGUUAUCCAUGGUG